CAGUGCCAGUGACCCUCUUUUAUCCCCAAUUCUUUACUCUCUCUGCCUUCUUGUCUUUAUUUUCCCAUCUCAGUUCUCCUGGAAGGAGACACAAUUAAUUUCAACUCUGAGGAAAUUUCGAGUUGAAGCUCUUUCAGAAGCUUCAAUUUGGCUUGCGACUGAGGAAAUUUUGAGAAAAGUUUCGAUCUUUCAAGCCUGUAAAAACUUGUCCUUUGAGAUGAUGGUGAUGAUAACAAAGUUUCAUGAGCUUGGAUGAUUUGGGGUUUUAGUUAUAUGAAGGAGGAGAAGUUGUUGAUUGGAAUAAGAAGCUAGCUGAAAAAGGAUAAUGGUAUGGAUUUUGUUGGAGUUUAGCCCAAUUGAAACGGAGAAACUGGUGGUUUGGAACUAGCAAGUAGGGUCUUACUGGUGUAUCGUAUUUGUGGUGGUUUUGUUGUUGUUAAUCUUGAGUUCGUGUUGAAAUGGAUGACACCGAAGAUGAUGCAAGGUAUCCUCCAAACCCAUAUGGUGUGAAUCACCAGCAGGGUUAUGGUUCUUCUCAAAGGCAGAAGCUUCCUGUUCGUAGUGGUCCAUAUUCUAGGCCAGUUGGCAGUCACUAUGUUGAUGAUGAAGAGGACGAUGAGGAUGAAGAGGAUGAAGAGUUGGGUGAGGAAGAAGAAGACAACAAUGGUCAAAAUGGUUAUCCGUCUGUUCACAAAGAUGUUGAUGAUGAUGAUGACGACGAAGAUGAUGGUGAUGAUGAGGAGGAUGAGGAGGAUGAAGAUGAUAAUAAGAGCAAAGUUUAUAAUAGAAUGAUUGAUGAUGCUGAUUUAAAAAAGCACCCAAAGAAGCGGAAGUUGAAGAAUUUGAUCUCAAGUUAUGAAUUUGCUCCUCGUCUACCAGCUCCUCCAGCUGCUGCACCCUCUGCUCCAAGACAAUCAAUUGGUGGCCGAAAUUCGCUUACCGAUUGGACCGAGCAUGAGACAUUUGUGUUACUAGAUGCUUGGGGUGAUCGGUUUCUUCAACGUGGAAAAAAGAGUCUUCGCUCUGAGGAGUGGCAAGAGGUAGCGGAGAAGGUUUCAGAGGUGUCAAAGAUUGAAAGGACAGACACACAAUGUCGCAAUCGGUUGGAUACCUUGAAGAAGAAGUACAAAAAGGAGAGGCUCAAGUUCGCAGAGACUGGUGGUGCUACUAGCAAGUGGGUUUAUUUCAAGAAGAUGGAUAUGUUAAUGUCAUCACCACAACAGCAAUCUGGCCUGUCUUGUGGUUUGGACUCAGGGGAGUAUGUUUUCAUGAACCCUAGAGUGUAUUUGAACCGUGCAAAUGGGUUGGAUGAGAUGAGGGAUAGUCCAGGAAAUUCAGAAUCUGCUGAGGGAGUGGAUGAUGAUUCUGAUGGGCUACCACCCAAGAAGAGAAGGUACGGAAGGGACAAUGAUGAUCGGUGUUCCUUUAGAUUGCUUGCUGAUUCUAUUCAGAAAUUCAGUGACAUAUAUGAGAAGAUUGAAACUAGUAAAAGGCAGCAGAUGGUAGAACUAGAGAAGAUGAGGAUGGAUUUCCACAGGGACUUGGAAAUGCAGAAAAGGCAGAUUAUGGAGAGAGCGCAGGCUGAGAUUGCAAAAAUACAGCAGGGUGAUGACGAGGAGAAUGAUAUCUCUGCCGAAAACGCUAGUGGGUGAUAUGAGUAUCUAUCUAUAAUGUCAACUAGUUAUGUUAACUGCUAGCUGUUGUUGUAACAAUUGGGGGCCUUUAUCCCUUUUAAUUUCUUUUAUGGAAAUAAGUUGUUGAUGUUGUAGCAGAUAUGGUAUUAGAAAUAUGAAAAUUCGAAUUACUAUUGUA